AACAAUAUCAAUCGUGCAACUUUUUGAACUUUUUUGAACUGAGACAAGAAGUUGUGUUUUGUUAUUUUUUAAGUUUAAUUUAUUUGACUUGUUACUUAAAUGCAAAAGUUAAAGUCCCAGCAGUUGAGUAAGCUCUCUACGAGUUCCUUGAAAAUUCUGUCUCAGAAUCGAAUCAAAACGAUAUUAGAAUUUCUCCAAGAAGAUGUUACAGAGCUAUCAGCCCUAACUAAGCUAAGCCUAUCUGAAGUAUUAGCAAUUAGAAAUGAAAUAUUUAUAAAAUAUUCCGCGCCGUUAGUAAAUGGUACUACGCUUUAUGAAAAGUAUUUGAAGACAAGAAGUCGAAUUUCAACCAAUAUAGAAAGAUUAGAUACCGUAACAAACGGAGGGAUUCCAGUUAGAUAUGUCACAGAAAUAUGUGGUCUCGCAGAUUCAGGGAAGACUCAAUUAGCAUUUCAGCUUGCCAUCAAUUGCGUCAAGAAUUAUGGGACUACCGUCCUCUACGUUGAUACUAAAGGGGAUUUCUCCGCCAUAAGAAUUCAAAAAAUGCUGGAAGAACAAAAGUUUUCACAUAUGGAUAUGGCUGCAAUAAUGUAUAAAAUACAAAUAGUCCAUGUAUGGACCAUGGAAGACUUAGUAGAGUUAUUCAAGAAUAUUAAAAACAAAUCACUAGUCUUCGAUAACUUGGCAAUGAUUAUUGUAGAUUCUUUACCAUGUCUGAUGUUUCAACAUCUUGGCGAUGACAAUAAAAUAGGCCUUUCUCUUUUAAAUGCUGUGGUAAACUAUAGCAGAUACAUUUGCAAUGAAUUUAAUGUGGGAAUGGUAUACAUAAACAUACAAACACGAUGGUUAGACAGCGACAUCACUGAUAUAGAAGAUGAUGGUGAAUCAACAUCUGCUUUUAAAGAGCAAUCGUAUAUUGAGAAAAGGAAUCGUUGCUUAGGAAGAUACUGGGAACAAAUUCCAGCACUAGUACUUCUAUUAGAAAAACUUGAGGAAAACUCUACAGAAAAUGAAUGCUCCAAACAACUUAAGGUUUUAGUUUUAAGUUCUAACAAUCUUAAAACUGGUGAUAAUACUUGUAUUCUGAAUUUAAGUGCAGUUGGAAUUACAUAGUUUAUUACUUGUUAUUCAGUGA